UAAAAAUAGAAGCUCUAUAAUCAACUGUCACGAUGGAAAAAUUCCUUGCAUUUAUACCAGUAAUUCUUCAGGAAUUUUCCCAUCGUGAUAAUUGCUGUGACAAAUAAUUAAUUAUUCUUUGAGAAGUUGUAAAAUUAAUGGUUAUUGACUUUAGUCAACAGUACACGUUUCUGUGUUAGCAUACAGUCACAUGUAUAUCAGGAAAUAUAUCACACAGUAUGCAACAGUUUAAUACUUUUGUUUGCAUUGAAUUAGCACAAAAAAAUAUUUAUGUUAACAUAUAUGUUAAUAGCAUAUUAUUUAAAUUAUUAUUGUUUUAAAUUACCCGGAAAUAGCAUGAGAAUAAAUUGUGUUGAAUAUGACAUGUUUUCAUAUACUUUGCUUUAUUACUGAAAUAUAUCGCACACGUGGAAAUAUGUCAGAAGCAUCAUGGAAAUAUUUCAAGGCGCAUGAAUUACAUAAUUUUAUUAACAUCCAAUCCAUCUAAAGAAAUUACAAGAUUAUUUAUAAAGUAUACAUCAAUAAACUUUUAUUUUUAUAAUUUAUUUUACAAAGUUUAUACAUAAAAAUUUUAAGUCAUUAGUAUCUAUAAUUUUUAAAAAUUUAUGUAUUAAAAUUAUUUUCUUUAAUACUGUUAAAGGAAUAAUAUAGAACAUAAAUCAUAGAACACAUAAGAUAUUUUCAAAGUUUCUUUAUUAAGAAAUUCAUAUAAAUGUGGGAUAGACCAAACAGCACACUGUUAAAUUUUUUUCCAUAUUUUUGUACAAUUCCUCAGUGUUUAAAUUUUUAAACUAAUGUAAAAGUAUAAUAGUUUUACAAGAUACUGUAAUAACAAAAUAUGAAAUAUUUAAACAUUCAAAACACAUUUAUAUAAUAUUAAAGUAACAAUUAUUUUCAGUUUUUUAAGUACUUCCUAUUUACAUUGUUAUAGACAGGAUAGGCACAAAAAUAAAUUUUUAAUAAAAUUUAUAUUAUUGUUAAUAAAUCUGUUUAUUUAAAGCCAUAUUAUAGUGUAAUGUAACACAACUGUUCACUGUUAUGUUUAUCUAAUACUAAUAAAAAAGAAUAUAAUAAAAAGAGAGAAAAAGAAAACAAAUAAAAUUAUAAUUAAAAUUAAGAUUUUAAGUAAUUUAAGUAAGGAAAUUCUUAUCAGCUUUUGUAAUAAGAACAAAAACAGCAUUAACAAGCAAAUUUAUUAUUUUUUUGCAGCCUCUUCCUCAUACCGUUUUAAAAUAUAUAUGUAUAGUAAAAUUUGACAAUAAUUAAUAAAACAAAUUUUUUUUUAAUUAAUUACAGCUAUGGUUUCUAAAUUAGAUCAAAGUGUUGGUGAAGUCAUUGAAGCUUUAAACAAUCGGAAAAUGUUAGAAAAUAGUAUUGUACUUUUUAUGUCUGAUAACGGAGCACCCACUGAAGGUUUUCUGCAAAAUUAUGGCAGUAAUUAUCCCCUUCGUGGAAUAAAAAAUAGUCCUUGGGAAGGUGGUGUGCGAGGAGUGGCCGCAAUUUGGAGUCCUUUAAUAAAAAAUCGUAAACGAGUUUCAAAUCAAUUAAUAUCUGUAGUUGAUUGGCUGCCUACUUUAUUAUCCAUUGUUGGUGAUGCAAACAUUCCAAAAAUUGAUGGUCGCAAUAUAUGGCCAACGUUAGAAUCUGACAAACUCAAUCUUAGACAAGAAGUGCUGAUAAAUAUUGAUGAUAUCAAUGGUUAUUCAGCUAUUCGUCGUGGUAACUUUAAAUACGUGAACGGUGAGACGCCUUUGCGUUUUACUUGGAUAGGAGAUUCUGGAAAAUCACCUGACGAAAAUCGGCCAUCAUAUGACCCUGAAAAAGUACUAUAUAGCAAAGCAGGAAUUGCUUUUGCUGAGACAAUUAAACAAAUAUCAAAACAAAAAGUCAAUCAACUUCAAGUUGAUAUAACAAGAGAGAGCAUUUUAACUUCUAACAAAAUUCUACAAUUAAGACAACAGGCUGAAGUCCAUUGCAAUGUGACGGAACAGGAAAAGAUCCCCUGUGAUCCAAUGAUAUUUCCAUGUCUCUUCAAUAUAAAAGAUGAUCCUUGCGAAAUGAUCAACAUUAUUGAACAGAAACCUUUCGUUGCAGCAAGUUUAGAGAUGACCCUAUUAAAAUACAGAUUAACUAUGGUACCACCAAGCAACAAAGAAAUGGAUUUUCAAGCAAAUCCGAUACACUGGAAUAAUACUUGGACAUAUUGGCAAGAAUCCCAACCAUCUUUGAUUAAAGUCUUUACUUGUACAUACUCGAAUAUGUAUAUCGCUUUAAUUGUUUUCAUACUCUUUGUUAGCAUAGGAAUCUCUUUGGGAUUUAAAUUAUAUUAUUCUAAAAAACAAAAAUUAAAAUAAAUAGAUAAUAAUAUAUGAAUUAAAUUAGAACCAACAAAAAUGUCAAACAUAAAUAAUGUUAACCCUGCAUAAAAUGUCUUAUUCAAAAAUAGUGUUUCGCAUUCACAAGAUUUUAUUAUGAAUUCUGCUUUGCAAAAAUCUCGGAUUGAAUCGUGGCCAAUACUUUUCAAUGCGAUAUUGAGAAUAAAAUCAUGAAAUCUUGUAUGCCUCUGAAUCCCAUAACAAUUAGCAGAAGUGAAUCUUUUAUAAUGCGAGGGUUCGUAUUCAUUUAAAUGCCUCUUAUUGCGAUUAAAUGUGAAGAAUGUUUAAAGUCAAGUACAUUCUUUUAAAUGCGACAGUGAAUAUUUAAAAUAAAUUGAAUCCUCAAAAAACAGAAUCAGAAGAUAUUUAAUUAAAUCUAAUCUAAUGUCUUCUGAAUUCUGCUUUUUGCAAAAUGUCAAUAUUUUUUUAUUCUUUUCAAUCCGACGUUUUAUGCAGGGAAAUCAAAUACAUGUCAACCUAAAAAUAAGAAAGUCUCCCAUACAGCAUAGAAGCUUUCAGCAACAUUGCUGCAACGUUACAAUAUUACGAAUUGCAAUGUUCCAGAGACGUUUCAGAAACAUGCAAUAUCAAUAUUACACUAUUUAUCUUUUUAGACGGACAUCUUCCGUUUUAUAAAUGUAUAUUUAUCCGAUAUCAAUCCAUUUCUAUUAUAAACUAUUUUAUGUAAAUGUAAUUUUAAUCUAAAACAUAUUACUCAUUGCAUUAAAAUUCGUAUAAUACAAUUAAACAUUCUUCUAUUACAUUUUAUUUAUUUAUUGAAGUUUCUUUUCUUUGUACAAAAAUUUAUGUAAAUAGAACGAUUGAAUAAUUUACAAUUAUCAUGCGAAUUACUUCUGCAUUAUCUGUGAUUUGUCUUACACGGCUUUUCUUUGAUGUAAAAUCAACAAUAAUAUGAUAGUGUAGUUGUAUGAAGCCAAAAGACAAUCAUGGAUAAUUUACAAAAUAUAUAAUUAUUAAAUUAAUAAACCAACAAAAUAAGACGGCAACUUUUUAUAAUAGACAUCUUUAAAUUCAGUAACACAAUAACCAAUUUCUAGCAUCUUGUAAUAUAUAUUUCAUUGCGUAUACUUAAUUGUAAAUAAUUUAGUCAGCAAAUAAAAAAGACAAAAUAUUAUCUACUAUUUUAAAUUUUAUCUUAUAUUUUAUGCAUAUCUGCUGUACAACAUUAUAAUACAUAUAAGUCUGCUUUUUAUAUUCUCUUCUUUUUCGAGAAAGAGAGCGACUUUUCCGAAAAAUAUGCUAAUUACAUUCUGUACAUGUGUAUGUUUAAUUUCAAAAAUAUUUUUUUCUGAUUUUCUUUUAUCACUCACAAUCCUUGUACAAA